UUAUCCAACAGCAUACUUUCCCUUGACUUUUUUUUUUUUUUUUUUCUUCUUUCAGUGUGACGUGUAAGUGGAGUUCCUGCCCUUGUUUCAUGCAGGAGAGUUGAGAGUGAAGCAGAAGGACUGGUGGAGAGGCGGUCAUCUACUUUGACCUGUCAUAGGGAAGAUGAAUUGAAGGUAUAAAGAAGAGGAACUGUUCGUGGUUUGGCCUAAGUGUAUGUGCUUCGUCCUCACAGGGGAGUGAGGCAAAGGGGAGGAAAGACUCAGAGAAGGAGACCGAGGCUGAGCGAAAGUGACUGAGAGGAGAGAGGUUAAGUUGCCUAAUUGCAUUGCCCAUGGGCAAAGGUGGAAGAGAAGCUGCAGCUGAGAAGUCUGUUUGACACAGGAGGAGGAGCACCAGCCUGAAGGGGAACCACCAGUUCAGCCUUCUUCCAGCAACAACAGGACAGGAUGAGGUACCAAGGCAGGGAGGUGGAUGUUGAAGGCAGGGUGCGCCUGGUGAUGGAGAGCGCUCUGACCGCCCGGGACAGGGUCGGGGUGCAGGACUUUGUCCUGCUGGAGAACUACAACAGUGAGGCAGCUUUCAUAGAGAACCUCCGGCGACGCUUCAGAGAAAACCUCAUCUAUACAUAUAUUGGCUCCGUGUUGGUGUCAGUGAACCCUUACAAAGAGCUGGAGAUUUACUCCAAGCAGCAGAUGGAACGUUACAGAGGGGUCAGCUUCUAUGAAAUAUCGCCGCACAUCUAUGCACUGUCAGACAACACCUACCGGGCGAUGCGGACCGAGAGGAAGGACCAGUGUAUUCUCAUAUCAGGUGAGAGUGGAGCAGGUAAAACCGAGGCCUCCAAGAAGAUCCUCCUCUACUAUGCUGUCACCUGCCCCACUAAUGAUCACAUGGCUAUCCUCGGUGACCGCCUGCUGCAGUCUAACCCUGUUCUGGAGGCAUUCGGCAACGCCAAAACACUUAGGAAUGACAACUCCAGCCGCUUUGGGAAAUACAUGGAUGUCCAGUUUGACUUCAGGGGUGCACCAGUGGGUGGUCAUAUCCUGAACUACCUGCUGGAGAAAUCCCGCGUGGUCCACCAGAACCACGGUGAAAGAAACUUCCACAUCUUCUAUCAGCUUCUGGACGGAGGGGACGAUGACCUGCUCAACACACUGGACCUGGAGAGAAACCCUCAGAACUACCGCUAUCUGGUCAAGGGCAACUGUCCCAGAGUCAGCUCCAUUAGUGACAAGAAUAAUUGGAAAGCUGUGAUGAAGGCCCUGCCUGUUAUUGGCUUCACAGAGGAAGAAGUGCAGAAAUUGCUGAAUGUCAUCGCCAGCGUUCUCCAUCUGGGGAACAUUCAGUUUGGGGAAGGGGAGGAAGGAGAAACUUAUAUCACCACUGAGACCCAGACAUCAAAUCUUGCGAAGCUGCUGGGUGUUGAUGGUUCAGCCCUCAGGGAGGCACUCACUCACAAGAAACUCACUGCCAAAGGAGAGGAGAUGAUCAGCCCGUUAACUUAUGAGCAAGCAGUGUCUGCCCGUGACGCCUUAGCCAAGGCUGUGUAUGGUCGGACCUUCACCUGGUUGGUGGAGAAGAUCAACCAGUCUCUGGCUCUGAAGGAAGAAAUCUACCACAGCAGCAAAGGCUCCUCAGUUAUAGGGCUUCUAGAUAUCUACGGCUUUGAGGUCCUACAGCAGAAUAGUUUUGAGCAGUUCUGCAUCAACUACUGCAAUGAGAAGCUCCAGCAGCUGUUUAUUGAGCUCACCCUCCGGUCUGAGCAGGAGGAGUACGAGACAGAGGGCAUUGCAUGGGAGACAGUGCAGUACUUUGACAACAAGAUCAUUUGUGACCUGAUAGAGGAGAAGCACAAAGGCAUCAUUUCCAUCCUGGAUGAGGAGUGUCUAAGACCUGGAGAGACUUGUGAUGUCUCCUUUUUAGAGAAGUUGGAGGACACAGUGGGCAACCAUCCCCAUUUUAUCACGCACAAGUUGGCAAAUGGAAAAACUCGCAGGAUAGUGAGUAGGGAGGAGUUCAGGCUGCUACACUAUGCAGGAGAGGUCAACUACAAUGUCAAUGGUUUCCUGGACAAGAACAAUGAUUUGCUGAACAGGAACCUGAAAGAGGUCAUGUGCCAGUCAGACAACCAGAUCCUGAGUCACUGCUUCCGCAGAGAGGAAGUGAUAGACCAGAAACGCCCAGAGAUGGCUGCAACUCAGUUUAAAAACAGCCUGAUGAAACUUAUGGAGAUCCUCAUGUCUAAAGAGCCAUCCUACGUGCGCUGUAUCAAACCUAAUGAUGCCAAGCAACCAGGAAGGUUUGAUGAAGUUCUGGUCAGACACCAGGUGAAGUACCUGGGCCUAAUGGAAAAUCUGAGGGUCAGAAGAGCUGGCUUUGCUUAUCGUCGUCGCUUUGAAGCCUUCCUCCAGAGGUAUAAGCCCCUGUGUCCUGAGACGUGGCCCAACUGGCAUGGCAGACUCGUAGAUGGCGUGUCCACACUGGUCAACCAUCUGGGCUACAAAGCAGAAGAGUACAAACUGGGCAGAUCAAAAAUCUUCAUCCGUUUCCCAAAAACUCUCUUCACCACUGAAGAUGCCCUAGAAGCAAAAAAGCCAGAGAUAGCGUUGACCCUGCAGACAUCAUGGAGAGGCUACAGAGAGAGAGCCAAGUACCAACGCAUCAGGCACGCAGUGAUAGUGAUCCAGUCGGGGUGGCGAGGGAUGAAAGCACGCAGGAGAGCUAAAAGGCGUCGUCAGGCUGCUGAUUUAAUACGCAGGUUCAUAAAAGGCUUCAUCCACCGUCAUGAGGAAUACGGUCCUGACAAUGAGUAUUUCCUGGAACAUGUUCGCUACUCCUUCCUCAAGAACCUACGUAAAAACCUGCCCAAGAGCGUUUUGGAUAAAAGCUGGCCGACGCCUCCUCCCUCCCUUGUGGAGGCCUCCGAGCACCUGCGCAGGCUGCACAUGCGGAACAUGGUCAUCAAGUACUGCAGGAGGGUCCAGCCUGAAUGGAAGAAGCAGAUGAUGCAGAAGGUUGUAGCAAGCGAGAUCUUCAAGGACCAGAAAGACAGUUAUCCGCAGAGUGUUGGAAGGCUGUUUUUGGACUCCAGGCUCGGUACGUGUUCAUACAUGCAUUCAUUACCAUUCAUUAACACAAUGGACGAGCAAACAUUAAGCAUUCACAGAGGCUUUUCUUUGCUUUAUACAGAACGUGAGCAAAUCAAUCUCAAGGUCGUCCAGACUCUCGGCAGUGACAAAGUGCAGUAUGGUGUUUCAGUCAUAAAGUAUGACAGGAGGGGUUUCAAGCCUCGUCCUCGCCAGCUGCUGCUCACUAACACCUUUGCCGUGCUGGUGGACCGGACCAAGAUCAAGCAGAGGAUUGACUACGCAGCUCUCAGAGGUAUCUCUGUGAGCUCUCUCAGCGACGGGAUGUUUGUUCUGCACAUGCCCACUGAGGAUAAUAAACAGAAGGGCGAUGCGGUGCUGCACUGCAGCCAUGUGAUGGAGGUGGUGACGAAACUAGCCAUGAUGGCCAACAAGACCAGCUACGUCAACAUCAACCCGGGCAGCAUUCGGUUUGCUGUGGCUCGAGGCAAGGAAGGAAUAAUUGAUUUCAUCAGGGGUUCAGAGCUGAAGGUGGCCAAAGGCAAACGAGGACAUCUGCUAGUGACCGCCCCUCGGAUCAACGGCACAUGAAGAAACAGAAAACAGCAACCGGAUGAACAGUAAUCCUUUUUAGCUAACUGGAGGAUUGCCGCUCAGACGUUUUCAUUGUUAUUUGUUAGUUUGCAGCUGACAGGAUGAUACCACAAUAUACAGGAUGCUCAACAGAGGCAAGAUUCAUUAUUGAUUUGUAUACUGUACAUCUGCAUUAUAACACAAAUGUCUUCAAUGUUGCAGUAAGUAUUUAAAACCAAGGACAAAAACUCCAAACAUGAAGCCAUCACAUUUCCAAAUGCUUCAUCUCUUUAUUGUUAGACACACACGUCAGUAUUUAUCUACCAAAUAUAAAAUGUCCUCCAUAAAAACACUGUAUCUCCAAGAGAAAUAAAACAAACCACUUUGUAAUAAAUAGCAUGAUAAUAAAUAUGUUAAUAAAUAGCAAAUAUGUGUUUGGAAAGUCCAGUGCAUUGAGGGCGUGGGCGGGAAAAAAGAGGAUGUUGGCAAGUCAGGUCUCUGCUUAUUUCAAACUUACAGUUAGAGCGAAGACAGAAACUCUGGGAAAUACCCAAGAAAGCCCAUAAAUAUACAGUAAUACUUCAUGUAAAAAAAUAAAAAAUAAAACAGACUCACUAAACUCAGCUUCGUGGAAAGUGUUGACAACAUCACUAAAGCACCGAUUAAACACUUUUUCUAAA